ACGUAGAAGAGGAUGCUGCACCGGGGUUGACAUCCUCCAACGAUGUGAGGCAGGAGAGGAGAGGAUGAACCCGGACUCUGAGGCGGAUAUUGCGGUUUUACCUCUGCACAUGCUCCAUGUCGUCAUCGGGAAACCACCAUCAGUGCGCACGGCUCCAGAGGACGGAUGAGACGCGGAAACAUCAACAUCUUGAUGGAGGAAACUAGAGGAGUCCCUUUAAGAUGACACGCACAGACCCUCCUGACUUACUGGUAUCAACUGUGCAUCGAGAUAUUAAAGUGAUCCCCUUUUCUACACACUACAAGUCCUUGCAACCCUCCAAACAAUGUGAUUCUAUAAACUACACACUGGAGGACAGUAAGAGCAAAGUCAAUAAGAGGCACUGCCGUACCUUUGACUAUAAGUCAUUGGAGUACCCAAAAUCAAACUCAAUGGAGUCCCCUUACAAGAAUGCUGAUAGGCAUGCGGCCAACCCAGAUGUUGCCUGGAAUGCCUUGGGCCGUCAGCAGAGAUACCGCUUCUCUGCUCCGGACAUUUUCAGCCAUAGGCUACCUCCUCAACCAUUGGCUGCAGAUAUGCCCAGUGAAGUCAUUGUCCCUGAACAAAAGAGAAGGACCAGGUCAAGAAGUGCCCCUCGGGUCCAGACCAGUCUCACCCCUGUGUCUUUUGAAGUGUCCUCCUCUUCGGGGAGGAAGGGCAGGGAUUCCCAAAGGGCUUCAAGAGAUUCUCGCUUGAGGCCAGAAGUAUCGCCGCGCAGGGAGUCGUCCCAUGCAGCAACUAGGGCUCAUAUGCAUGACGUACAUCCCAUUAAAUUGCAGCCACAAAUGGGUGACAGUAGUAGGUACUCACCUCACUAUGCUGCUGAUAAUCCUGAGGGCGGAGGGCUUGAUAAACCAGCAACUAGCCCUCAUGUCAGGUGCCGGGUGGACAUUAAACCAGAUGAUGCAGCGCUACAUAAUUCUGGACGGAAACAAGCUACACCUCAUGUGGAUAUACCCUGGCAGAGGCACCACAGUGGGGGGAGUAGGAGUAUGACUGUGCCACGCCAUUUCUCUUACUCGAGAACAACAACUCCGACUGAUUCGUUAGGUCGAGAGGGUAGGCAAGCUUAUCAAUAUUCCCGCAGCAUGCCCAAUAGUUACUUACAACCCAUGGAGAGUCCCUUGCAAAGGACGACUUCGUCAGGUGAAUACUAUGGUAGGGAACGCAGAGCUCAUUCAAGUCCUAAUGUGCCAACCAAGUUAUUUUAUGCAGAUGACCCAGGAAGAUAUGUUGCUUCUGCUCCACCUCAGCCAAGUUCUCGCUUUCAUGACGAACGUUACACACCUGGACAAACAAAUACUACAAAAGUGCAAUAUGUGCAAGAUCCAAGGACUCGAAUGGUGCACGCUGUAGCAACAAGACCCUAUUACCCUGAGGUGGAACCCUAUCAAUACUCUGUGCAGUCCGGGUAUCCCAAACCCUACGCACCCAAUGAACCAGGGCCAUACAUCAUUCAGACACCUCCAACAAGAAUAUUUUAUGGGGAUGAUCCAAGGUCUUAUCCAAUCCAGACAGCUCCACCAAGGUUUUAUUAUUCCAGCGACAUGUACGCAAUGCCCCCAGAGCAUCAUGUCCCAGCAAGGGCGUAUUACACCGAGGGCCGAAGACAUGCUCGAGUGAUUCAGGCACAAACAGAUGACUGGUAUGGCUCAGAUGCUUCUGGUUAUUCCACCAACCCUGCCUCGUAUGUAUCUCAAGUCACUCCAACCAGAGUCCGUCCAGAGCCUGCGCCGGCACCCUGGUACGCCAACCCAUGUGUAGAACCUCCAAGAAUUGGCACAGAAUCAAAAUCUUACUCAAGGUCAUGGGACAAUAUUCUCGACUCUCGUGUAGAGCGAGAACAACCUAUUCCUGUACAGCGGGGUCAAAGCUAUGAUGAUCUUCUUGACUCCAGGAAGCCUGCAGCAGCCACCGAGGACAAACCGCAACCCGUGGUAGUCAAUCUUUCCAGUUCUCCAAGACGUUAUGCGGCCUUAUCCAUGUCUGAUAACUCACUCGUUGACAAAAGCCCAACCGAGACAUCAAAGGGCAGUACUAGUAAACUCUGGUUUGUAACUCCUGAGAUAACAAUCACUGAUAAUGACAUGCGACCGGGGAAACUUAAUAAGGCUGAAGGACGGUCUGCCAGUUGGGACGUUCUUGACACCAGAAGCACAGAAGAUCCAGGACUGUGUCAGCGUGACUUUGAAAGCUCAACCAAAGAGAAGACACACGACAAUGCGUCACUACAACAAAGCCUUGAACAACUUGAUGAGCUUCUGGCAGAUCUUGUAACUGAUUACAAGCCACCCAGUAGAAGGGCAAGUGAGGACAUUCUUGAUCAAUUAAAGAAGUUAAUUGAUGAGGAGGAAGCAGUAUCUCUGUCCAGAAAGAGCUCGAGGGCAUUUACAAAUGAACCACCUCCUCUUGACAAGCAGCCAACGUCAAUAAGAAUUAAUCCUGAUUCUUUCCAUGACAUCGGGGGCAGUGAUGCUAUGAAGAGUGCAGAUGAGUGCUCCCCAGAUCAGAGCCCAGAUGAGGAUGAUACAAUGAUGUGCUCUAAUAACAAAUGCAGGAGGACAGAGACACUCUUCAAUGCUUGCCUGUAUUUCAAAUCCUGCCACAGCUGCUACACCUACUACUGCUCUCGUAAUUGUCGCAGGGAAGACUGGGACAUUCAUAAAGCAAACUGCUUGUAUGGAAGAAUGGGAAGCAUAUGUCGUCACAUCAUCAAACACUGCCGGGAGACUGUUGAAGUCCACAAAGCCUUCUCCCGUAUUGCCAAAGUUGGCUACCUUUCACGAGGUAGAGGAGUUCUUUUCCUUGGUUUUCCAAAUCCUGCAUCAUCAAGUAACUUCCUGCAGUAUGGCCUGGAUACUCUACCAAUGUCUCCUACAUACCUAUCCCUCCGAGAGCUCGAAAGCUUCAAGGACAACCUAGGGGAGUACUGUAAGGAGCUUCAGGAAGCUGGGAAAGAGUACGACCCUAACGAAUGUUUCAUCUUGAAUGUAUCCAUUGCCGUUGGUGACCAAAUGCCUGAGGGGCCAUCACCAAGGAACGAAGCUCCAACCGUCAGAAAAUAUGCAAAGGUAGCCCUGGCUUCCUUUAGCCCUGAGAGAAAGGUUCACAAGAAAGAGACGGACAUGGAAACGCUGAUCCUCACUCCACCUCCUGGAACAGCGGAUAUCGACAAAGAGGGAGAGGAAGGCAGGAAGGCUAGGGAAAUCUGUUUUAUUAAUAUACAACGGGAGUUAAGGAUCAGAGGGGUUUUCCUACGCCAUGAAUUCCCACAGGUGUAUCAACAGCUCUGUGAGUUUGUGGAAAAUAACAGAAGGUUCACACCCACGACCAUUUAUCCGAUUGAUAAGAGGACCGGUAAACAGUUCAUGUGCAUGAUAAUGGCUGCCUCUGAGCCGCGGACAUUGGACUGGGUGGGCACCCCGCAUCUCCUCGAUGACAUCAUUUAAGUGCGCCUUUUGUUGUAAAUAUAUAUGUAUAGAAAUACAUAUAUAUUGUUACACAUAUUUAUAUAUCAAUCCAAUUACAAACGUUUGUAAAUAAGUAUUUUGUUAUCAAAAUGAUAUAUAUUCAUGUCUCCUUGGUCAGUAUUAUUCUUUUUCAGAAUAUUUCCUGUCAGGUGCAGAGUGAGUACCGAACAUUAUUUAUUUUAAUCUUUUUACCAAGUACAUCUUUUUUAUCCACCACAUGUUAUUGAUCUGUAUCCCGGUCAUUUACUGUUACAACACAUUCCCAUUAGUAGGGGUUACCUGCUGACAUGGUAUUUCAUUUAGCUAAUUAUUAGCAACAACUGUAUGUUUAUAAUCUUACCCUCUUUAUAUGAGUCAGUUUCUGUGUGUGAGUAUAACAUGACUAUUUUUCAUAUGCAACUUUAAUGGUAUAUCAUGCAGAAAAUAUUAAACGUUAUUUUCUUAGCCACGUAAAUACUUUCUAUGCAAAGUUGCUUCAUGACUUGAGUACCAGAUUCCUGUAGAAUGAGUUGUUUCUGUUAUAUGACAUAAUAUUAUACACAUCUGUAAAGAAAGUUUUGCUAAAAUUGAGAUCAAGUGUUGGUGGCAACAUAAAUCAAAAGAAAAUAAUGAAAACUGAAAAAAACAGUUGUGCAAAAAAAAGAAAGGCACGAAAUCUUAUUGUCGCUUAAGUAGAAGUACUAUACUCAAAGUUAACGUUUUACUUUAAUAGCGUACUCUGGAGAGUUCCCGCUAAACUCGGUGGUUCUGUGGUUCUGCUCUGCAGGAUCACUGGAGCGCUGCUGGACUUGAGAGAAACCUCCACAAAGGAAACUGAAAUGGUGCCAGUUCAGCCACACAGUAGGUGUUGGCCUGUGUUCAGUUUUAAACACUGUGAAUAGUGAGAGUUAUAAAAAUAAGAGAUCAUGCAAUUUCCUAUAACACUGAUGUUAUGGCGAGUUGUAUUUUUUAGAUAUGUUUACAAAUAAAAAAUAUAUGAAUUAGCAAAAGGAGUUAUUGUCCUUAGAACAAGGUGAGCCAGAUGUGGCCCAGUAGCUAUAUGGUGCAUAAAUGCUUGAAAAAGACAUUAGUUGUGUAUUUGUGCUGCACUAGGUUUAUGACGUGUGAUUUAUAUUGUCCCUUUUGGGUUUAGCAAAUGAGAACCUGUGCAUUUCUCAUUGGUUGCAGACGUUUUAGAAAGAUUUAUAAAUGAAACUUAGCCGUGUUGCCUCAUCUAAAGACAUAAUACAUUUCUUAAUUUUGUUUUGGUAGCAUCCUCAAUCCCUUAUUUCCUUCCAGCACACCGAUGAGGGCUUGAAUCUUACAGUUCUUUGAUCAGUGUUUCACUAUCGGCGAUCAAUAAAAAGCGAUCCCCCAUAGUAAACACUUUACUCUGUUGUCAAAGAACCGUGGUUACGUUAAAGGUGGGGUAGGUAAUUCCCUUCAGAAACACUUGUUAUAUUCCAUGGAAUGCUCUUAACAUCCCGAUUGCAAUGAAUACAUUAAAUGCUUUGACAAUAA